AUGGACGAGAUACCGACCAUCGAUCUGUCCCCGUUCGUGUUCCAAGGAGGAGGAAGAGGAGAUGAUGAUUAUAAAGGUGAAACGAUUGUUGUUCUCGAUGAAGCGAAGCGGAAAUGCGCUGACGCGCUCGGGAAAUGCUUCAAAAGGCACGGAUUUUGCUACUUGGAAAACGUGGGAUUGGAGAAAGAGGACAUCGAGUCCGUCUUUCGAGAGGCGAAGCUGUUCUUCGAAGGUCAGUCGACGGAACACAAAGAGGGAGAGCUCGUGCAGUGGGAACCGAAGACGAACACGGGGUACGCGAAGUACCGAGCGGAGGUGUUGAACGAUUUAAGACUACCAGACGAGAAGGAAACGUUCAGCGUGAGAAAGGACUCUUUGUACAAAGAUCGAGACUAUUUCGAAAACGUGAAAAGAAAGAAAGAGUGGAAAGAAGUCACGAAGAGGUUUUACGACAAAUGCGAGAGGGCGUGCGAAAGCUUGUGCUUGGCGACGGCAGUCGCGCUUGGAUUUGAGAAGGACGUGAGGUUCUUCGCGGAUACCUUUCGCGAGAUGGAUUUGUGCACCUUGAAAAUUUUGCACUCGAUGCCGACGAAAACGACGGAGAUAAGCGAGAAAGUUGGGAAUAAAAUGUCGUUGAGAGUGAGUGAACACGUGGACUUUGGGUUCGCGACGUUUCUGUUCCACGAUUCGGAAUCUUUAGGAAGAGGUUUACAGGUGAAAAAAGCGUCGCGGUUCGAUCACGGGAGAGACAAUCUCGAGGAAGGUUGGAUCGAUGUCGCGGCAAAGAGAGGAUCGCGGGGGAACUGUUGUAUUUUAAACACCGGAGCUUUACUCCAACGAUGGACGGGAGAUUUCUACAACGCCACGGCGCACAGAGUCAUCGUUCCGGACGAGAUUGCCGCAAUGCAACACAGGUAUUCGUGCGCGUUCUUCAUGGAUCCAGACGGUGAGACGGUGAUUAAAACGCCCGAAGAGAUUCGAGAUAAGCUCAUCGAACGAGGCGUAGACGUCGAUAAAUACCCUCCGCUGUCGUGCGCUGAGUUUUUGAAGAUGAAAAUAAACGAAAUGGCGGUGAAACAAUAA